UCCAAACUCCAUCCGACAUGUGAACACCCGUGUCCAACAACUCAUAGUUGGGGUUCUAUCCACCCAAGUGUUUCUCACACACAAACUCUGCUUGCUUUGGCAAACGUUAGCCAGACACAAACAUGAACAUAGUCUGUUUCAAACCCUGCAUUCCUUCCUCAUUACUAUGCCCCAGAACCAGCUUCAGAAAAUUCCCACUAACAAUUCCACGUUUCAGUCUUCAAGAUUCUCAGCAGCAGCAGCAGCAACAACAACAACAACAACUCAACCUCUCCGUUCUUCGCUUCACAUUGGGGAUUCCAGGGUUGGAUGAGUCUUACUUGCCCAGAUGGAUUGGUUAUGGCUUUGGUUCACUUCUGCUCUUGAAUCACUUUCUUGGGUCUGACUCAGCCACUGUUACACCGGCUCAGCUUAGUACAGAGGUUUUGGGUCUGUCUUUGGCUUCCUUCUCGAUUGUGCUGCCUUACCUUGGUAAAUUUCUCAAGGGUGCUCAACCAGUGGAUGAAAAGACUAUACCGGAUGGUACAGAGCAAAUAUUUGUCAUGUCAACAGAUAGAGUGGAUGGCCUGAAGGAGGACCUGGCUUGGGCAUCAUAUGUUCUGUUGUGCAAUACAAAUGCCAUAGCUAUGCUAAUUUUUAUUCAAGGAGAAAUAUGUGCAAGGGGAUACUGGAACAUACCGGAUGAUACAUCAAAAGAAAUUCUUCCUGGUUGGUUUAAGAAAAAAAUUGAAAAUGCUGGCCUAUAUGAUUUGAAAGACACCCUAUAUUUUCCUCAAGAUGCAGAUUCUGAAUUUCAGGAUCUGGUACCUAUAGGGACUCGCUGUCUUCUAAUCCAACCAGUGUUACAAGUUUCUAAUGAAAGUGAUACUGGCUUGCAAAAACCUGGGGGAUUCAUUCUGCUGGCCUCAACUACAAGAUAUGCAUUUAGCAAUAAAGACAAAGCCUGGAUUGCAGCCGUGGCAAACAAAUUUAGAGGAAAGGUUUAACCAUCUGAUUACCUACUGCAAUGCAAGAGUAUCUGGAGUACAAAGAAAAUGAAGCAUGAAAUCUAUGUGAUACAGGGCAAUGGAUUGCAUAGGAUUUAACAGCUCAAAAUCCGGAUUUUCUCGGUUAAAUUAAGGGAAGAAAUUAGAAAAUGAAGACUCGUGUGGAAUAUGUGAUGGCGAGGUUGAUUUGCAAGAAUUAGGAUGUGGAUGGUCGUCAGUGGCAGUUUUUGUGUUAUGAACAGUACUUGUGAAUUUUGGAAAAGUGGGUGCAUUGAAUCAAUAAUUAUGGAAAAGUCGGCGCAUUGAAUCAAAGGAGGCAUCUCAAAUUUGAAAAAUUAACAUUAUGCAUAUAUAUAACUUGGUCUUCCUGUUGUAGUUAUCUUGUUAAUGAUAUAAGAAAUUUGGGUUAGCCAUGUUCUAGUUUUUUUUGUCCGAGUCCCAUACUAGCUACUCUAUACUCUUAUCACCAUAUCAACAAAAUGCUCCAUGAUGCAUGAGCUCUGAGUUCUAUUUGUAUAUACGAAAUAAUCAUUCAUGAAUUUCAUUGGAUCAUUGUUGAUUUGUCUAAUGAACUUUCAUUCAUGCUA